AUGGGAUUAGUUCAAACCGGCAUAAUUCUUCUGUCAGCAAUCAUCCGAGUGAUUUUAAGAUUGAGAGCAGAAAACCGUAUCAAAGAAAUGGCAGAAGAUGUAACCGAUGUUAGUGUUCUACGAGAUGGUGAAUGGAAACAAAAUGUAUCAAGUGCUACAUUGGUUCCAGGUGAUGUAUUCAUAGUAUGUGAGCACACAAAACUACCGUGCGAUUCAGUCCUCCUGUGUGGAUCUGUGGUUGUAAACGAAUCUUCAUUGACGGGUGAAGCCAUGCCGAUCCGAAAAUUUUCUGUUCCAAAAGAUGACGGGCUUUACCUGCCCGAUGGUCCUGGAAAAUCAAGUACCCUGUUUGCGGGUACGCUUGUGUCCCAGACUAUGCCGUCCCAGGGUAAAGACCGUGUUAUCGCAGUUGUCUUACGUACUGGAAUUACAAGUGAAAAGGGCACCUUGAUCCACAAGAUACUUUUUCCAGCACCCAUCAGUUUUAUCUUUCAUGAACAUCUCAAGCUAGCCAUUUCUAUUUUACUUAUUUGGGGAGCGGUUGCUUUUGCCCUUGCGUUAUACCUAAUGGGACGAGGCAACAUCACUAGCUGGUACUAUGGAGUGUUUACCAUGUCCCAGAUCUUCUCCCCUCUUUUGCCUGCAGCCUUUACUAUCAACCAGUCUGUCUGUGCGGCCCGUCUCCGCACCAAAAACAUUCUUUGUAUAGAUCUACCUCGUAUCAAUUUGUCUGGAAAAGUCCGUAUCUUCUGUUUCGAUAAAACUGGUACAUUGACUCGCGAAGGUCUCGAUUUUUAUGGAAGUGCUAGAGCUCCGUUAGACAUAACUAUGCCGUUUGAGGGUAGAGAAGAGGAUCCAUUGAAUAUGCAACAUAUUCUUGCUAUGGGUAUUGCAACCUGUCACGCAGUUACAAAAGUGCAUGGCCAGUAUAUCGGAAAUCCAGUUGACAUCGAGUCAUUUAAUGCAAUGAAGUGGGAACUUCUACCACCUGCUGACCCUGAUUAUCUCGAUACCCUCAUACCACCAUCUGUAAAACCUGACGUAAAGAGAGCUCCUGUGCAUGUCCUCCAACGAUUCGAAUUUAUACAUUCCCGGGCAUCUCAAUCUGUUACGGUAUUGGACACAUCUACAUACAGAGUACAUGUAUUCCUCAAAGGAUCUUUUGAACGUAUCAAACAACUUUCACGUCCACAAUCCGUUCCGGCUUAUUAUGACCGUACUGCGGCACAUUACGCACGAGAAGGGUGUUAUGUACUUGCAUUAGCUCAUCGAAAUCUUGGUGUACUUGGAGAAGAUAUAACGAUGGAAGAAAUUAAAACCAUGAGCCGAGAAGAUAUGGAAUCUUUGUGUAACUUUUCAGGCUUUAUUUUGUUCCGCAAUAAGCUUAAGGAUGAUACCACCGAAGCUAUUGCAGAACUAAAAGGUGGUGAUGUUCGUACAGUGAUGAUCACCGGAGACACAGCACUGACAGGAAUAUUUAUUGCUCGUCAAUGUGGUAUGAUCAGUACUGGUCAACGUGCUAUUCUGGGUGAUGUAAAGAAUGGAAGUGUGGUUUGGACCGAUAUAGAUUCUGAAAAAGAGGUGGAUAUCGAUCAAGUACUCGAAGACGACUUCACGAGAAUUGAAAUGAAGACAGUCGAAUUGGCCAUGACGGGAAGAGCAUUUGAGUUUUUGUUUGAACAAGGUGUGAUUCGUAAGUUUCUGCUCCAUACACGCGUGUUUGCACGCAUGACACCAAACCACAAGGUUGAAUGCGUACAACUUCAUAUGGAAAAGGGAGUUACGGCAAUGUGUGGAGACGGUGGAAAUGAUUGUGGUGCAUUGAGAGCAGCUCAUGUGGGCCUCGCACUUUCUGAGGCUGAAGCCUCCAUUGUUUCUCCAUUUAGCACAGGCAAUAGAUCUGUUUUGCAGUGCGUGGAACUAUUAAGACAAGGCCGAUCAGCUUUGGCUACAAGUUUUGCAAACUACAAAUUCCUUAUCCUUUAUGGUGAAUCCAUGGCCUUUUGGGAGCUUAUUAUGUUUUAUUUUACUGUGAUUGCACCUCAAUCGAUCUGGAUUACAAUUGAUGGCUUCAUCACAACAAGUAUGACAUUUGCCAUCACUCAAGCAAAACCUGCUCAUAAAUUGGGGCCAUCGCGGCCUACUGCUAAACCAUUAGGGCCUUACACCUUGGCUUCUUGUUUGGGAGUAAUUUUUAUCAAUUUUUGGUUUAUCGUGAGCAGGUAA